AUGGCUCACAGGCGGCCUGGCCUUUCCAGGACAUUGCCAAAGGACUUCACUUUUUACAUCAGUGAUGUUCGACCGAGGACUCCGGAACAACCAACCAAGGAGCUCACAAUCCCGCCACCUCCCCACCAUUCCUCCUGUCGUUUCCGCAGACCGCGACUCACCAUGGAAAACCACCGUGAGCUCUUUUGCUCGCCAGAUAUUCCAUUACCGUCAAUUGAGUUUUCGCACGAUCCUUCAAGCUCCGUAACUAGCAUUUUCGAUCAGGUCGCAACUCAAACACCAACAGAUAAUGCGCUGCAAGUUCCCCUGAGAGACAGAGUCGAUCCACGAACGCCUCCGGCUCAGAUCCGGGGUACCCCCGUAGAUGAGAGACCACCUUGGACCUAUGGAGGUGUGUCAGAGGCGGGCGAUUUUAUACAACGACCAUCGUCUUCGUGUUCCAAUUUUUCAGAUUCUUCGGUUGCGUCUUCUACAUCUCACGCCUCGCAUCAGUCGUUGGGGGAAAGCUGUACGAGUCCAGAAAGCGAGAUACAAGAUCCUUUACUGUCAUAUCCUCUCACUAAGCACAAGCAAGAGCUGGAAACCCCAUCCAAGGCGAGUAACGCGCAGGAAGUUCCUGUUAACAUUGUUGCAACCCGAUCUCGAUGGACUACAGACAUGGAUAGUCACUUGUGGAACACAUAUCAGAUAUAUCUCCAGGAUCCUCGAAUCACGCCUUUCAAACUGAUCCCCGGGAGUCUGCCGCCUUUAGGAGUUUCGCACCGCGUUGCUCGUGAAGCGAGGAAGACUUGGCUUAGGACUAAAAAUCCAACCAAGGCGGGUCCUUCACCGGUACCAUUAAUUCCCGCGAUGUAUAUGGAAGACCGUGCCAAGACUGGAAAGAAACAAGAAACAGUCGACUCUACAACGCGAAGUGGGAGUACAACACCAACUGCCCAGAAAGUCCCUCCUAAGCCAAAAUGGCCCAGAUCAGAUGCAUCUACCAGAAGACGUUUGAAGGAACUGUGCAAUCGGAAGUUCUUUAUUGCCCCGCACUAUCAACGGCUCCUCCAAUCUCGAAGUCCUUCUCCUUUCCUCGAACCCUUCAUAGAAUUGACGUCUAGAGCGCCUUCGCAACUGAGGGCUUCCCAUCGAAGAGCAGCGUCUUUCGCCACCAGGGAUCUUGGUGUGUCGUUGGUUUCAAGCUCUUUACCUACCCAAGUUGCUGAACUUGGACGACCGGUGGCCAGCACCGAUCUCGAUACCAGCUCGGAUAAUGACUGGUUCAAUAAUAUCCAACAACAUGCACAGGGCAGUUCCAGGCAGGAUCCCAACAAACGUCUAUCCCGCUCGCUUGACCAUACCAGUAACACAAGCCACACCUUCUCACCCGACCCAAUCCCUCCCCGUCUUGGCUCCCCUUUCAUCUACCACACUUGGGGUCCGGAUAGAUCCCACCGUCGUCUCCGCUCAGUCACGCCUGCCAGCCAAUGCGAGACCAUCCAUGCAGCAACCGGCUCAAAGCUACAAUCUCCAGGACUAGGACGCGUGGAUCCUUUCGGGAAUGCUCCACACAAACGACGUGCACUGCACCAGUUGGAAGAUGAGCUAGAUUCCUGUGGUAGCAGCCUCCAACGACCAUUCCCAGAUCUUAUUCGUCAGACGAGAUUUAAUGAUGUUAUUAGCCAUGGCCAGCGGCGCGUGCGCGUGAGGAAUCGGGGGGUUACAACGGGUGCGAUUAGUCCGAGAGGAAGGCUGGAGCAGCUCUUCACGCCGCCUGCGCCGUUUCCAGAUUUUACUACCGCCGCUGGCGCUGCUGCUACGGGUACUGCGGAGGACGACGACAACAACGGGCAAGAGUCGCGGGAUAAUGUUAAUGCCAGCAAUAAUAUUAAUUACACUCAUAAUAAUAUUAAUCAUAACAGCCACCUGCGACUUGGUGAUGACAUCAAACGUCUGGGUUCCCCAUUCCACUCCGAUCCACCGAGCAUGGGCAUGAGCAAGAACAUAUGCUUGAGAAAAAUGACAGCGACACCAACUCGCUCACCCCGCCAUGCGACGUCGCUUUCUGAUCCGUUUAUCCCUGCGAUGACUUCUGCGUCUGCUUCGUUUGCUAGCUUGGCUUCUGGAGCGCAACAGCAGCAAUGGGUAUCGAGACGGCAGGAAGGGACGGAGAAUCUGGCCCAUACGCCUUAUUUUGAAAGGAGGGGUGGAAUGGGCUCUGGUGGUGAAGGAGAAGGUAAUGGCGGUGGCAGUGUCAAGUUGGACACCCCUAAUACGCCGUUUUCAUAG